CUAGUAGGACCUGGCAGAGCUUCAAGUUAUUGGCUGACUCGUAGAGCCGUAUUCCGAAUUGAUGGGAGAUCCCCACGUGACGAAAUCGCGUUUCAAGUGAUGGUUCCACCCCGGUGUGGUCGUCGCGGCUGCCAGUGAGCGAUCAUUUCAAUUUUUUCUCAUGUCCACCACCGCCCUUGGAAGUCAAGGUCCAGACCAUGACCACUCCGAAACACCUUCCGCUGCCGCAACUCCCGCAAUCGGUCAAUUCAAGCUCGUCGUUCCUGCAGGAGUUGUCUUGACGUACCCGCCCACGCCUAAUCCAAUCUCGUCAGACGCGGAAGUCCAGAUCGCUUUCACAGCGAACCUCCCUAAAAAUUCUGUUCCUCUGGUUCUCCUUCAGGGCGAGGUCGGAGUAG